UGUUUCCCGUGUUUAUCGCUAGAGAAUAAGUAUCGCGGAAGAGGGGAAAGGUUUCCUGACGGAUCACCAGGCUAAGCUAAUCAGCUAACUACAUACAACCAGCCGUCUAAACAGUAGAUAUAUCAGUUUUACCAGUUGGAUAAACAGCCGUGACGAAGUAUCAAGAUGACAGCCGCACCUUACAACUACUCCUACAUCUUCAAAUACAUCAUCAUUGGUGAUAUGGGAGUAGGGAAGUCAUGUCUUCUCCACCAGUUCACAGAGAAAAAAUUCAUGGCAGACUGUCCUCACACCAUUGGGGUGGAGUUCGGGACAAGGAUCAUGGAGGUCAAUAGUCAGAAAGUGAAGCUGCAGAUCUGGGACACGGCCGGUCAGGAGCGCUUCAGGGCCGUCACCAGGUCCUACUACAGGGGGGCCGCAGGGGCCCUCAUGGUGUACGACAUCACCAGGAGAAGUACUUAUAAUCACUUGAGCAGCUGGUUAACAGAUGCCAGGAACCUGACCAACCCCAACACCGUCAUCAUUCUGAUUGGUAACAAGGCUGACCUGGAGGCUCAGAGGGAUGUGACGUACGAGGAGGCCAAACAGUUUGCUGAAGAGAAUGGUUUGCUGUUUCUUGAGGCCAGCGCAAAAACAGGGGAGAAUGUGGAAGAGGCCUUCCUGGAAGCAGCAAAGAGGAUAUACCAGAACAUCCAAGACGGCAGUUUGGACCUGAACGCUGCUGAGUCGGGGGUCCAGCACAAACCAUCUGCUCCGCAGGGGGGGCGCCUUAACGCCGACAGCCAGCCGGCCAAAGAAGGCUGCAGCUGCUAACCACAGACAGGAACUACAGACCAAUAGAACAGACCGGUGGACGGACAGACGGAGGCAGAAAGAUACACAGAGAUCCACCAGGCACUAACAUGCUUCUUAAGAGUGCGUCAAACAGAAUUUAGGUGGAUAAUGUUCAACACAGUCCAACCAACUGUUUUGACUCCAAACCUGAGGUUAGUACUCAAGACAAAGAUUCGGCCAUCCUCCACCCAAUCAGACAUCACUAGCUUUGGUUAAAUCAGGACAUCCUCAACUAGAUCGAGAACCUCUCCAGACGUCCAGUCAUUCUCAAAUUCGGAUCAGUUUUGGACAACUCUCAAAUCAGGACCCCCUGAAUCACUGUCAAAAUGACACAUGCUGGGUCUCAUUCCAGUCCCAUCACUGCCCAUUUUCAGCCCAACAUUUUCCCCCAAAAACUUGACUGCACUCAGGACCUCCCAAGUUGGAGUGCUGUUGGCCUCAGUCAUAUGAUGGUUGUCCAAAUUUCAAGAAUAUCGUGGUCACAAAAGAAAAACACUGAUGAAAAUAUAGAUACGAAACCUGAAUCUGAAUCAACCAACGACCCAAAACUGGACUACACUUUAUCAAAAGGGGUCACUUAGUUUGAAAUCUGGACAUUGAAUUAGACAAAGCCUCGGAUUAUGAAAGAACUCUGGUCAAAGUCUAGAUGCCAUUACAAGCUUGCUGUCUCAAUGUUUAGCUUCCUUCAAAUUUAGACUCCCCUCGUCCCAAACACAAACAGUGGCAUGUGAGAAAAACUGAGACCGCGUUCACCCACACACGGGCUUUCUUGGCCAAAAGAUAGAUGAGAAUGGGAGCGCCCGACACCAGACAACUAUCUUCCACUAGCAUUGACCCGUCUCAAGUGAGGGUAGUCCAUCAACCUUGGUCCUAAAGUGCAAGUCACCAUAAUUCCAACUCUGGACAUUCCUAUUGACAGAUUCAGGUCCAAAUUAAGGACCACCUUCAGUUCAAAUUUUCAAAUGUAGCUAUAUAAUCGAAUCUGCCAUGAAUCUAUAUCACCUAAAUGCCCAUCAUUGGUUGAAUCCAACUCUUAAAAACUCUUGCUUCAAAUUCAUGAAUUCUAACAGUUGCGUUAAUGUCUGCAUUCGUCCUUGGGGUUCCUUCUUCACAGAAAACAUUUCUCGCUCUGCUUGAUUUCAUACAGCAACCUCGUUGUUUCACUUGUUUCUCAUGCAUUAACUUCCAAACACUCGAUAGAUGAACCUUCUGACCUCUGACCCAUUGCAUUUACACUGUGUCGGUAAUGUGGACGCAUUUACACUGAAGUUGCUGAUGUGGACUUUUGAAUCUGUUGCUCUUGUGGUGGAAUGCGUUCCUGUAGUGUACCAGUUCACUUAAAUGCAGGUUAAUGGGCACUACUCCAUACUUGGAACCACUUAACUUCUUAAAUGUCCUUUGGCCUGCACUGGUUGACCCUCUAAAAGAAAAGCCUGAGUUACAAACGAAAAGUCUGCAGUUACAAAGUCGUGGGAUUCACAAGGCAGGGUGUGUCUAGAAGCAGACUGUACUAAGUUUGCGGAAAAUGUAGGAUCCAGGGUUUUUGAGUUUGUCCCAUAUUAUGUACUAAAAGUCGACAUAUCUCUGGUUCAGUUUUGAUCAGUCUUUCUUUAACAUCUCUCGCGAGUUCCCAAACGGUAUAGAAUUGCGUUAAAGCUUCAUUGUACUUUGGUUUGAUCACGUCUAAAUCACCUCCUUUAUUCCCAGCUUGACAGAACAUACUGGACAAUGCUUAAGAACAUGGCUAGCAUCUCCAUACGGAGUGAUUCAUGCACACAUUAUAUUGGACCCAAUCUGAGAAUGACAUUCAGAAACUUGGAAGCUGCCCCGCAUAGAAUUUUAAUUUAAAGAAAAUAGAAUAAUCCAGUCCUGAGGACAUCAAAACCCUUCCUGACCAAAUGAGACUGAAUAUUCUGUCACUAGGAACCCAGUGGAUCCCUAAAGAACUCUAAGAAACGUUGUUCACACAGAAACCCAAAACACAACAUCCCUAAUCUCCACUUUUUGCAUUUGAAAAAACAAAACAAAAAAAUUAAAUAUUUCAAUCCAAUAACCUAAUAAACCAACUGAUCUGAUGAAGGUGAUGAUGAAGAAUAAAAUGACUUACCUGAACCAGAAUGUCACUACUGAUCCUGCAUGGGAUCCAGUUCAGGAUAGAUUUUUAUUAUUAAAAUGUUUCUUUUUCAUGUUGAUUUUUGUUUUGUUUUCUAACAUGUUUUCAAUAUAUAUUUACAUUUUAUUUUCGGUGUCACAGCUCCCUCUAGUGGCCAUGCGUCGUGUCCCUCCUGGUUCAGUGUGUAUUGAGGGAAAGGUAAAAGUGGAAGCAACACAGAUUUUAAUUUAUUGCUACCUUUACGUGUUUUGUAUGUUUAGUUUUCUUUUUAACGGCGGGAUCUGCAAUCUGGUUCUUAAAAGCGGAAUAAGCAGAAGAUUUGCAACCAAAACAUAUCUUAGAGACUUAUAGAGUGGUGCAGUGAUGACUUGUUUUUGAAGGCCGACCCAGAAGUAAGCAUCGCAAAGUGUUGUCUCAACCAAAAGCAAUGGGAUUUUCCAAUUGGGUUUCGGCAUAUUGCAAGAAAGAAGCUCCUACCAGUGGGGUAUUUACUGACGUGCUUUAUGUCGUUGGACAAAAUGUGAAGAUCUCUUCAGCUUGUUUUAACCACAGACUUUCGGUCACGUUACUAACCGCAAACACGUUCAAAAAACCAUUGACUCAAGACGAGGGAACAGGAAGUGGUAGAAGUCCUUUCCUAGGUUUAGGACUCAUUACUGCGCCACUCUAUUCUGACAUUAUCUUGCCUUCCAACACAUUUUGUUUUAUUUUAAGCGUGAUCUGACGGAGCCUUGACACCCUAAAGUGCUUUCAUCAACUAAAUGAAUGAAAUGUCAAAUUAAUAAAUAGGGAUUGUAGAGCGUGAUCCUGGCGCUACAUGAUCCAGUUCUCUCAGCCUAUUUAACUGCAUUGUUCAGUAAAUGUUGUUCUUUGAGAAGCAUUCCAGCACUCACUAGCUAUAAAACACCAACAAAGUAGCUCUGCUAAACUUUAUCUUAUACUUUUUAAAUAUUUUUAAAGCUGUAUUAUUUGAUUUUGUGGCUACUAGAGGGGAGAAAUAUACCAAAACAAGCCGACGGAUGCGCACACAGUAUAACAUGUAAUGUGUCAGUUGUUGGAUUCAGUGUUUUAAAAAAAUAAAUCGAUGAAUGCAGCUUUCACCUGAUAUGACUCUGCUCUUAUUGAUGGAUAAAACAUAUAUACACUGUAUGGAUCAGCUGGACAGAUGACACUCUAUGUGUCUCUCCAGCAGGGAAAACACACUGAUCAAUAAUAUUCAUACUCAACAAAUGGAACUAUGAAACAGGUGACAGCCUAAAAAUAUGAUGCGGUGUUUUUUCUAUUGUCAGUCAAAUAAAUACCUACAGUUAAUUAUUUUUAACCUAUUUCACUCCCAAGUUUAUUUAAAUGUUUCCUUUUUAUUAUUGCAAACAUUUGAUUAAUUAUGUAUCUACAUAACAGUUUCUAAAAACAUUUCAUUUAAAGGUGGGGUAUGUCAUUUAUUUCAGAAACACUUUUUGUUAUAUUCCAUGGAAUGCUCUUAACAUCCCGAUAGCAAUGAAUAUCUGAAGUGCUUUGACAAAAAAUACAUUAAAAAAUGUCACCUGUGGAAGUCGUAGUAAUAUAAAAAGUACGACCAAUCAUCUGAGCCGGCUAAAAUAACUGGAUGGCCUACCAGCCUGUCAGCCUUCCAUCUGUGCACAAACUUAUCUCGUGCCCUCAUUGGUCAUGUGCGCGUUUGUGUGUGUUGGAGGAGGGGCUCUGUAAGGAAGUCUGUGAGGAAGUGGCAGAUUUCUUCCGGCUGUGUAUUUUCAAAUUCUAGCGCACUCUAGCUGGUUUCUCCAAAAUGACCUACCCAACCUUUAAGGGUUAUGAAAUAUAUAAAUAUAACAUUAUGGUAAGGGUAAUAAAGGACAACACAUAAUGCUUUUUGUGUGUGUUUGGGCCUCACUGUGGACUUCACUACAAGACAACACAUCUAUUUGAACUGUCCAAAACCGUCCGAUUUAUAAACCUUCACGCCGCAUUCACCGAGGGAGAAAAAAAGAAGUGUUUUCUCGCUUACACAAAAAUAAGCUGAAGUCACUUUAUUGCCACGAGUGGAAUAAACUAAUAAAUAAUAAAAACAUUUAAAGUUGCCAUGACAGCAAAAGGAAAACACAAGCGUUUACUUAUUUAAAUAAUGUUCAAAUAUAUAUUAAAAGGCAACAGCUAUUGGCAGUGGUGCUACAGCAUAAUCACCAUUUUUUAUGAAAACAUUUGAGGAAAUGAACGGAAUAAUUGAGUGUUAAAAUACCUGACUUGAGUAUGUGAGCAUCAACAACAUAAGCUACAUUUAUUUGCAUAACGAUAAAUGUACAUUUAGUUUUUUUAAUGAUGUCAUGUAAAAACAACAUUAUAAAUCAUUACACUAAUCGGCCAUUCGAGGCACUGUUAUUGAAUUAAAAAAAAUGUAUUUUAAAAUUCAGGAUGUUUUAAUUAGCAACAAUUCUCCACUCUGCAGGCCGGCUGUAAAACGCUCUGUACAUUUUCUUUUUCUUUCUGUGAUCUGUUUAUGUCUGCCUAAGUAAAAUCAUGCUUUUAUGAUUCUUUGACUAUUUAUAUUCUAAAUCUGUAAUGAUUUUCUUCAGCUGUAGCUUAUUGUACUGCCUGCCGCGGUGAUUUCGUUUUUUGUAAAUAAAGUAUACUGUAUUUA